AUGUCCACCUUGACAGAUCAGGAGAUCAUGAAGCUAGUAGAAGGGAUGGGGCAAGAAGAUGUUACGAAUAAGCCACUUAUCAGCGCCCCUGUCCCUCUUCUGGUCAUCCGCGAAGAAUACCAGAACGGCUCGGUGCAGGUCUUGAAGAAACUGGACUGGCUUCAGGAGCAAGGCUGGGACCAAGUCUGGCGAGCAAGAGGGGAUGGAGACUGUUUCUACCGAUCCUUCACGAUAGCAUACCUGCUGAGAAUACUACACGACGCCUACUCGGCAACAGCGGCGGACCAAGCACUGGAGACAGUGUCAAAGGCGAUGCCGUCGAUGAAGUCGUGCGGGUUCGACAUGGAAUUGGCACAAGACUUCAUCGACCCCUUCCUCGACAUACUCCGCUCCUUCAAGGCGAAGGAUACCGCCGAUCGGCCAUCCGAGUACUCUUUAAUCCAAUUGCUGCAAGACCCAGAACGGAGUAACAGCAUUGUCGUGGCUCUCCGUCUUGUCACUUCCGCCUACAUCCGCACCCACGCCGACCAAUUCGCCCCCUUCCUGUUCCACCCCAUAACCUUCGAGCAGCUAGACGAGAACGAGUUCUGUCGCUCCGAGGUCGAGCCGUGUGGCAAAGAGGCGGAUCAGGUGCAGAUCACGGCGUUGUCCGAGGCGCUGGAUGUGGGUGUGAGGAUCGCGUAUCUGGAUAGAAGCGAUGUAGGGGCCGGAGGGGACGGCGGGGAUGUAAUAAAUUGGGUGGAGAGUGGGAAGGUUGGGGAGCGGCCUUUGACGCUAUUGUACAGGUGA